CAAGGGAAACCGCUCCGGAGAACCGAACGACGGUGGAGCAACCAGCACAUCGGCAUAUAAUUACGGCAGGCUUUGAUGGGUUCAUACCCCUAUGGUGCCCCUCCCCCUUCAGAGCAGAUAUGGAGGGAAGAGGUUCUUUAUCUCCACUCUCUUUGGCGCAAGGGACCUCCUAGAAAUCCCAACCCUAAACCGAAUUCAAAUAAUCUCUGUGCCUCCAAUUCCUCAACACCUAAACCCACUCCAGAAAAUCUUUGUGCCUCCAAUCCCACAACCUUCAAGAAGAAGGAAAAAAAACGAAGUUGUGCAAAGAAAAACAAAGAUCCUAAACCUAUAGUUUCAGAGGUUGAGUGGCCAUCAGAUACUGAGCCGUGCCAGGAGAUUGGCUGGCCUGAAUCAAAUCCCCAAUCUGAUCAAGCCACCAGAGCAGCUACUGCUGAAGAACAGGCCAAAUCAAUCGGUCUUUGUGCCUCCAAUUCCUCAACACCUAAACCCACUCCAGAAAAACUUUGUGCCUCCAAUUCCACAACCUUCAAGAAGAGGAAGAACAAACAAAGAGGUGCAAAGAAAAAGAAAGAUCCUAAACCUAUAGUUUCAGAGGUUGAGUGGCCAUGUGGAUCAGAUCCUGAGCCAUGCCAGGAAAUUGGCUGGUCUGAAUCAAAUCCCCAAUCUGAUCAAGCCACCAGAGCAGCUACUGCUGAAGAACAGGCCAAAUCCACCGGUCUUUAUUUGCAACAGAAGGUCUUGAAAGUUUGCCAAGAUUUUUUCUCUAGCAAGGUUUGUACAGAUGAUAAUGGAGAAGAAGAGGAGUUGAUGGAUGAUGACAUCAAUGAAUCUGAAGAAUUCAAGUUCUUUAUGGGGAUUUUUACAGAUGAUAGUUAUUUGAGGGAUUAUUAUGAGAAGAGUUGGGAGAGAGGGGAGUUUUCUUGUUUGGUUUGUGGUGGAACUGGGAAGAAGCUUUCAAAGAAGUUCAAGAAUUGUGUUGCACUUGUUCAACACUCAACAACAAUAUCAAAGAGGAAGGCAGCACACCGAGCUUUUGGGAAGGCUAUAUGUCAGGUUCUUGAUUGGGAAAUUCAUCGACUUCCAAAAAUUGUUCCGCCCUUGGAUAGGCCUCUUGGUCGUACUCGUUGCAUGACUCGUUCCAUGGCCAAAGCAGAAUCCCAGGUAAUUGCUUUACUGUUUCCUCUGUAUAUUGUUUAAUUCUCCAUUCACUGA